AUGAGUGGUGAGACUUCUCACCAGGAGGAUGAAGGUGAUGCCUCCAUUAUUGUGUUUGAUGAUGCAGAUGUUGCAGAGGCUUUGGGGGAAUAUGAAAACUGCUUAGUGGGAAGAUUUAUCACUGAUAAACCUAUUCAUAAGGGAUCUCUCCAAAGUGCUCUGGGUAAUAUUUGGUGCAACCCUAAGGAUUUCAGGGUGGAGGAAAUUAGUAACAAAGUUUUUCUGUUUCAUUUGGGGGAGGAAAAGGAUGUUAAGCGCAUUUUACAAGGCUCUCCAUGGGUGUUUCGUAAUUCUUGGUUGCUUGUCCAACCAUGGAAUCGUCAUGUUGAGCCGGUUGAUAUGGUGUUUUCCUCUGUGGCUAUUUGGGUGCAAUUAUGGGGUUUGCCCCUCCAUUGCCGUACUGUGAAGAUGGGCAUGAAGAUAGGGUCUGCUAUUGGUGAUGUUCUUGAUGUGGAUCUGUUUGAAUUUCCAGAUAAGAAGGUUAUAGUCAAGGCUCUGGUGGAGAUAGAUGUUCACAAACCUCUGAUGACAGGGAUCAAUGGAGGAAGUCAUAAGGAUGGUGUUUUUUGGAUUGAUUUUAAAUAUGAAAGACUUCUACAAUUCUGCUUUGUUUGUGGGGUGGUGGGGCAUGGGGAUCAAUUCUGUCCAAAAGUAAUUGAAGGAGAACCUCAGGAAUUUGCACCGAUACGGAAAUAUGGCCCUAAACUGCGUGCAGCGGUGUCAGGAAGAAGGGUUUUUACAAAGAAAAUCUCAUCAUCAGAGCAAGACAGAAUGCUGGAAGUGAUCGUACAGUUAAUCGGGUUGUCUCGCCAGAAAUUUUGGAGCGUUUUGCCCGCUUGA